UAAUCAUUAAUGAGAGUACUUAUAAUAUUCUGAAGUAGAUUUUACCGCCUUUUUGUUGAAAAAAAAAACCGGAUCUCGGAGCAGUUGGGAAAUCAACAUAAUAGUAUAAGUGUUUGAGCCUUCACCUUGUAUCUGUGCGACAGAAAUGGCGAUACACAACUCCAAUGACUUCGCAUCGUUUCACUUAUCUUAACACAUUUAAAUGUAAUCGUUUAAAUAUAAUACUCGUGUCAUUGCAUUAAGUUUUAAAUAUUUCAACUUUCCAUUAAAUAAUAUUUAGCUUUAUAUAAUUGUAGUAAUAAAACGAUGUGUUCUAAAGUAUACGCUGUCGGUGUCGGUAUGACGGAAUUCGUGAAACCCAAUUCAUCGCGAGAUUACCCGGAGUUCGCCUUGGAGGCUGUGGAGAGGGCGCUAGUGGACGCAGGGAUUACGUAUGACGUCAUCGAGCAAGCCGUCUGUGGGUACGUGUACGGGGACUCUGCAUGCGGACAACGCGUCCUGUACCAGGCGGGCAUGACUGGUCUGCCGGUGCACAACAUCAACAACCACGGCGCCACCGGCGGCACUGCACUUCACCUCGCGCACCGCCUGGUGCAGGCAGGCUCACAUGUCGUUCUCGCCCUCGGCUUCGAGAAGAUGACUCCCGGUGCCUUACCCGCCACCGCAUACCCUGACCGUACCUACCCCGCCGACAUACACAUCAAGAAAAUGCUCAAAAUUGUUAAAUUAGAAAAUGCACCGAUGGCCGCGCAAUGUUUCGGAAACGCCGCCAAAGAACAUAUGGAAAAAUACGGCACCACGGAAACUCAGUUCGCUAAAAUUGCUGUCAAGAAUCAUAGAAAUGGUUCCGCGAAUCCAUAUGCACUCAACAAAAAUGUGUACACACUGCAAGACAUAUUAGAUUCUAAGAGGAUAUUCGGUCCGCUGACUAAACUGCAGUGCUGUGCCAACUGCGACGGGGCGGCGGCUGUCGUGCUGAUGUCGGAGCAGGCAGUUGCUAAACACAAUUUAGCUUCAAAAGCAGUCGAAAUCGCAGGAAUCGCACUGGCCACAGACACAAGCGCCGUGUUCUCGGACACGACUCGGCUGAGAAUAGCGGGGUACGACAUGACAGCGCUAGCCGCUGACCAGGUUUACAAGACGACUGGGGUCUCUCCCAGUGAGGUGGAUGUGGUGGAACUCCACGACUGUUUUUCGAGUAAUGAACUAAUAACGUACGAAGCUCUAGGGCUAUGCGAGGAAGGGAAGGGUGGGGCUUUCGUGGACGCACGGCUCAACACGUACGGUGGACAGGUAGUGGUCAAUCCAAGUGGAGGACUGCUCGCGAAGGGCAACCCUAUUGGUGCGACGGGGUUGGCGCAGUGCGCGGAGCUCGUGUGGCAACUGCGGGGUGAGGCGGGGGCGAGACAGGUGCCAAAUGCGCGUAUUGGCCUUCAACACAACCUUGGGCUAGGUGGUGCGGUCGUAGUCGCCAUCUAUCGCAAAAGCUUUGACAACAAGAAAAAAAUCGCCGGGGAGGAUGGAAAAAUUCGCGCCAAAAUUUAAAUUUCAAAACAACGCCAUCUUUUGUUCAGUAGUAACUACAAACGAUUUCAUUUUGCUCUGUUUUAACAUAGCGUAGUGUAAAUGAAAAAAAAACAACGAUAAAAACCAA